AUGGGUGUCGACCCCUGGUUACCAACCUCGCCCCCACGCCCUCCGACUGUCCUCAAUGAGCCUAGUUCUGAGCUACCAGUGCAACUACUGAUAGAUCAACACACCAAACAAUGGGACGAGAUUAAGCUAGCCGCAUAUAUUGAUCCGAGUGAUCAUUAUCUUAUACGGAAGAUAUAUCUCCCUCAGACUGAUGAGUCAGACAAUUAUCUCUGGAAUCUCACAACGGAUGGUCAGUACAGAGUGAAAUCUGGUUAUUGGCAGGCCCUAACUAUGACAAGAACUGAAGAUACACCUCAAACUCCACUAGCUACUACGCCAGAUAUUGCUGCUAACAUCUGGAAAUUGGAUAUUAGUCCAAAACUUAAGCAUUUUCUUUGGAGAAUGGCUUCAAGAGCUUUAGGCGUUGCUGAUAACCUAAGACGCAGAAACAUUCAUGUCAACCCGUACUGCUCCAUCUGCUGUACCGAACUGGAAACGAGUGAACACCUAUUCUUCUCAUGCACUAAUUCUAUUGCGAUCUGGAGAACACUAGGAAUCUCUACCACAAUGCUACCAGAUCCGGCUAUUGCAGUAGAUAACAAACUCAUGUACCUCUUCAACAUCCAUCAGGACCAUAGCCUCCCUCAAAUUAGUAGAUAUGCUUCGUUCUGGUUGUUGUGGUACUUAUGGAAGAGUCGUAACAAUCUGGUUUUCAACCACAAAAUGAUGGACCAAAACGUCAUCAGCACGCAAAUACUUUCUGAUGUAGAGGAAUGGAUUACCAAUACGUCUCCACAAUCAGACGAAGGACAUGAGGUUCACAGAGCCAGAUCACAAGGUACAAAAUGGACUCCACCAGACCAAGGAUGGGUUAAAUGUAACUAUGAUGCCUCCCACCAUGACGGAGAUCGCAAUUCAGGUCUUGGAUGGAUCCUCUGUACUAUAACUGGUGCUUUUCUUGAAGCAGGAAUGGGAAAAUUCCAAGGACGAGCUACCAUUGAAGAAUCUGAAUGUACAACACUCAUUUGGGCAAUUCAAUCAUCAUGGGGGUUAGGAUAUCGUGUUGUAGACUUCGAAGGUGACAACUCCACCAUUACCAGAUUACUCAAUAAUAAGAUGACAAAUCCUUGCUUACAACACUAUCUGAAUACUAUUAUGGCGUGGUGCUCAAGAUUUACCGCUAUACGAUUCACUUUCACAUUUCGAGAGCAGAAUUCAUGUGCAGAUAUCUUAAGCAAAAUGGCAGUUGACAGUAAUCAAUUAUAUGCUCUGUUUAAUGUAUGUCCAAUGUUUUUGUACCUUGUUGUAAAUUCAGAUCUUACUUUUGGAUCUUAA